AUGUCCGUCACGCGGGUUCUUGCGCUGCUUGUCGCGGCGGCGCUGGCGGCCGCGGCGCCGGCGCGCGUGGGCGCGGCGGGGGCGUGCGCGGCGGAGAGGUUCUCCAAGAACCGCGUGUACGCCGCCUGCACCGACCUGCCCACCCUGGGCGCGUCCGUGCACUGGACCUACGACCCGGCGGCCUCCUCCCUCUCCGUGGCGUUCGUCGCCGCGCCGCCCUCGUCCGGCGGCUGGGUCGCCUGGGGCCUCAACCCCUCCGGCGACGGCAUGAGCGGCACGCAGGCGCUCGUCGCCUCGCCCACGGGCAGCGGCGGCGCGUACGGCGUCCAGACGUUCGACAUCCAGGGCACAUCGCUCGGAUCGCCGGGCCCCAUCGCCUACAAGACGUCCGACCUCGCCGCCGAGGUCGGCGCCGACGGCCGCGUCCAGAUGUUCGGGAAGCUCGCGCUCCAGAACGGCACCGGGGAGGUGAACCAGGUCUGGCAGGUGGGACCGGCGUCGGGCGGGAGCAUCGGCAUACACGCCAUGGCCGCCGCCAACAUGGGGGCCAAGGGGAAGCUCAACCUCGUCACGGGGGCGACCACAGCCGUCAGCGGAGGCAGCAUCCUCAGGAAGAAAAAUACCCAUGGAAUUCUGAAUGCUGUGAGCUGGGGGAUUCUUCUGCCAAUGGGAGGCAUAGUUGCUAGAUACCUCAAGACAUUCAAAUCAGCCGACCCUGCCUGGUUCUACCUUCACGUUGCUUGCCAGCUGAUCGGGUAUGCUGUGGGAGUGUCUGGCUGGGCCACCGGCAUUCAUCUAGGAAAUCUGUCCAAGGGAAUCACCUACUCGCUUCACAGGAACAUCGGGAUCGCCGUAUUUGCUCUCGGUACCGUUCAGAUCUUUGCGCUGUUCCUGAGGCCGAAGAAGGAUCACAAGCUGCGGGUGUACUGGAACGUGUACCACCACUCGGUGGGCUACACCAUCAUCAUCCUGGGCAUCGUCAACAUCUUCAAGGGCAUGAGCAUCCUGGACGUGGCGCAGAAGUGGAAGACGGGCUACAUCAUCGCCAUCGGCAUCCUGGGCGGCGUCGCGGUGGCGCUGGAGGUGAUCACCUGGGCCAUCGUGCUCAAGAGGAGGAAGACGGAGGACAAGGCCUACAACGGCGGCGCCUCCAACAACAACAACGGCCAUCUGCCCAUGUGA